AUUCAAAACCCAGUUAGGAAAUCAGAUAGCCAACCCGCGUCGCGCUUGGAGUAAUAUCUGACAUCGCCCCAGAAUUUCCCAUUUGGGCUGCAUCGGUUGAGACCUCGCCAGCAUUAAAAAAAGCCACAAACCCUCAAACUCUUACUCCUUCGCUUCAUCACCUCGCAAAAUAAAUAGCUAUUGAUUCCACAAUGACAGAGUCCUGGGUCCUAUCGCAGCAACGCACGAUGGCUCGCUGGGUCUCGUCGAAAAUUACCCAGGAAAUACAUGAUAUUUCGGUGGAUUUGUGCGACGGUUUGGCGCUUCUUGAACUUGUCAACGCAAUUGCAAUUGAGACAAAGGCUUCUCCGUACAGACUCACGCCGAUUCACCGAAGGCCAAAAAUCCCGUUGCAAAAACUGGAAAACGUUGCUGAUGUACUUGAAUUUUGCCGUCUCUUAUUACAAGUGAACACGUGCAAUAUCAGCGCUGAAGAUGUCGUUUGUGGAAACACCAAGCUUAUCCUAGGGCUUAUUUGGUCUUUAUUUGUAUACUCACUGGCAAACAUGGUCUCGGUGAAAUCGGAAAGCAAGUCCUUUGCCGAAAUAAAAUGCAUUUUGUUGCGGUGGCUAAACAUCACGGGCAAAGCCAAAGCGCUACCUCAAAUCACUAAUUUCAACACAGAUUGGUCACUUCAACAGGACAAGCGGCCUGACUUGGUGUUCGCCGCAAUUCUAGAUUUCUACGUGCCCAAUGUGGUCGAUUACAAGAAACUCCUAACAGGAAAAAGACUCUCUGGGCUUGGCGAAAUCAUUGCCCUCGCUGAUGCAUCUUUGGGUAUUCCGGACUUAGCGCUAGCGGAAGACUUCAACGUGCUUGUACCAGAUGAUAAGUGCAUUCUAUUCUACGUGCUCGAGUGGUAUUUGUUUUUUGAAAUACAUAAAAGAGAAACGCAUCUUGACUUGAAAGGAAGCUCAGAAGUCUCUAAAACUGUCAACCAUGACUUUGGUCCUUUUUUCUCAACUGUGAUUCGAGCCUUCAGGCUCAAGAACAUGUACGACACCAAAUCUUUGCGCCUCCUGAACCGUAUCAAUGCUUCUUUCAGAGAACUAGAAGAUUGGCUUGAGCUUCUCGAAACUCUCGACAAAACUGCCAAUUUGGUGAGCUUUUUUGAUCAAUUUUGUGCGGAAAUAGAUGACACCAAGGACUUGGAAUCACAAUUGAGCGCACGAGAGUAUUCUAAUGAAAUUGAGGCACACGUAAAAUGUUUGCAAAAUGCCUUGAGUAAGAGCAUGAAGUUCAAACGUCAGCUGAAACCCGAAAUCAUGUACAGAGAUAUUCCGGAGCUUCGAAAUCUCUCGAAAAAUCUCGACUCUGAAUUGAAAAUAGGUGGUUUUCGAUACCCGUAUGAUCCAAUGAAAGCUCUCUCCCUUGACUGCUUGCUCAUGAAACUACGGCUGCUUUUGGAAGCAGACGCACGAUUCACCGACCUGAUCAACAAUUUCCUUGCGAAACUUUUUGAAACAAGCGUGAGGAAUAUAGAUGAGUUUAUCAGCUACAUGGCGAAGUCUCUUCCAAAGGCUAACAAGCAUGUCUCAGAAGCUGCACAUAAAUUUGCGGCAGGGCUAGAGUUACUUCUUGAAUUGAGAAACAACAUGCACGAGUACCAGCUGAUUGAAAAACAAGAGCAUACGACUUCAGACUUGAAAAUUCUUGCGGAGUCGAUUGCAUUCUACGAUCUACCUGCAACUCCCACAACACCAAAGGACUCGCAGUUUCAGUUAUUCCAAGCAGAAGUGGACAAACAAACCAAUCGUGCCAAUCUCACAUUGGUAGACUUAAAAAAGUUCCUACAGAAAUUGAUGCCAUCUUCACAGUUCAACGGUCCAGAGCUCCAGGGUAUUAUUCUGCUAGUUCCCUCGCGGUGUUUUUUGCCUCGUUCAGAAAGCAAUGACUUUAAUACAGUAGUUCAUAUGGAUGACAGCGACGACCCUGACUCAGUUUUUGACAACGCUCUGAAAACCCUUGAAUGCAAGCUUUUAGGAGCACAAGGAAGAAUCUACGACUUGACGCUGCUUGUGCAACGAAUGGAGUCGGGAUUCAAUAUCUGAGGCGGGGUUAUACAUCCGUGCAUCCC